UAAAUAGACGCUAUCACUUUAAAAUUUCAAUCUCUGGCACAGCAGAGAUCAUAAACUUUAGGUAGUAGAGUGUGAGAAAUAUUAUAACAUUCACUUGAGGUAUUCUCUAUUGCAGAACAGUUUACAGUCGGUUACUCGUAGUUAUUUAUUACAAAUAAUUCUGUCUACAUAGAUAGGUCUUUCACAAGCACUUAAUAUUGUUUACCAAAGAAAUGGUGAUGGAGAAGCCAAGUCCCCUGCUUGUAGGGCGGGAGUUUGUGAGGCAGUAUUACACACUCUUAAACAAGGCACCAGAUUUUCUGCACAGGUUUUAUGGGAGGAAUUCUUCCUAUGUUCAUGGAGGACUGGACCCAAGUGGGAAGCUGGCAGAAGCGGUCUAUGGGCAAGCGGAAAUCCACAAGAAGGUCAUGUCCCUGCAGUUUAGUGAAUGCCACACAAAGAUCAGGCACGUGGAUGCCCAUGCCACACUGAGUGAUGGAGUGGUGGUGCAAGUCCUUGGAGAACUGUCCAACAAUGGUCAGCCCAUGAGGAAGUUCAUGCAAACUUUUGUACUUGCUCCAGAGGGUUCGGUGGCAAACAAAUUCUAUGUCCACAAUGACAUCUUCCGUUACGAGGAUGAGGUUUUUGGAGAUUCUGAGGCUGAGCUUGAUGAGGAAUCAGAGGAGGAGGUUGAAGAGGAGGCAGAGGAGAGGCAGCCAUCCCCUGAGCCACUUCAAGAAAGCCCCAACAGUGCCACCUAUUACGAACCUCACCCUGUCACUAAUGGAGUAGAGGAGCCCAUGGAGGAGCCAGCCCCAGAACCGGAACCCGAACCUGAACCAGAGCCCAAAGUAGAGGAGAUAAAACCAGAAGCAGAUGAGAAGGUUCUGGAAGAGAUGGAGGAGAAAGCACCUUCACCAGUUCCUGUGGAGUCCCCACCAAAUAACCAGGAGCCUCCCAAGACUUUCUCGUGGGCCUCGGUGACCAGUAAAAACCUGCCUCCUACUGGCACAGUCACCUCCACUGGAAUCUCACCCCAUGUUGUUAAAGCUCCAAGCUCACAGCCCAGAGUUGAAACCAAGCCGGAGACACAGACAGCACCUCUUCGGCCCAGAGACCAGCGCACACGUGACAGACCGGCCUUCACUCCGCGGGGUCCCAGACCUGAUGGUGUUGCAUCUUCAGAGUCGCAAACUGGAAAACCACACUUGAGUUUUGUUAACAAAGGUGGCAGGGGAGAGACCGAAUCUGGUGACAUGGACAGCAGGCGGAUUGUCCGGUACCCAGACAGCCACCAGCUUUUUGUCGGCAAUCUUCCACAUGACAUUGAUGAGAGCGAGCUCAAGGAGUUCUUCAUGACAUAUGGAAAUGUUGUGGAGCUGAGGAUCAACACCAAGGGUGUUGGUGGCAAACUGCCCAACUUUGGAUUUGUGGUCUUUGAUGACUCUGAUCCUGUGCAAAGAAUCUUGGGGGCCAAGGUAGACGGGCCCAUCAUGUUUCGAGGCGAGGUGCGUCUGAAUGUGGAGGAAAAGAAGACGAGGGCGGUACGUGAACGAGAGACCCGCGGAGGAGAUGAGCGCCGGGACAUGAGGCGCAACGACCGGGGCCCUGGAGGUUCGCGAGGCAUCGUAGGAAGCGGAAUGAUGCGUGAACGUGACGGGAGGGGACCGCCACCUCGAGGCGGCAUGGCCCCCAAACCUGGCAUGGGCUCUGGACGAGGCUCUGGAGGCCAGGGAGAGGGCCGCUUCACAACCCAGCGCCGCUGAGAAGAGCACCGCCUGCAGUGUGGAAGUAGUACCGUGUUCUUCAUCUUCAGCCGUUCUCGUUAACGCAAAGAAAUCUUCAUGUAUAAACGUAUAUAUUUGUUUUUUGUUUUAUUUUAUUUUUGUUUUUGUUUUUGUUUUUUUUGUUCCCUCUUUGCUUUGGAAUGUGACACAGCCUGUCAACCAUUUGUUUGUGAAAUAGACCAAACAAAAUAAGGAAACAAAAAUAUUUCGCUUAUUAGUUGUGAGCUGAGCAUCCUUUUCAGGUUUCUCAAGAAUUCACAAACUUUAAUUUGCAAAUUCGUGGAAAAAAAGGCAAACCAACCAGGAGUAAUCUGCCACAUUAGGAGGGACUGAUAAGACUUUUAACUACGACAGUACAGCCCAUCAUUUGGAAAAGAGAUUAUAUGCCUUGACUUAACUGGGGCGCUGCUUCACGAAAUCCCUCUAUUGCACAUUUUAUAUGGUAGUUUUCUGCCCGUUACUGUUGGAAAAGAGUGAGAUGCAAAAUUUGUGCAGUUCCAGGGGAAAAGCUUGCCUUUUACUUUUUUCCUUUUGAGAGACCACUGCUUCAAAAUUGCAUAAUGCACUCAUCAAUAUGCACUAAUGGGUACUUUUGUCGUAUUACAUUGACAUCCAUGCUCGGAACGCAGCUGGAGAGAGACCUGUUUUGUCUCAAAGCGAUACGAGUUGCCGGGGCAGGCCUCGCUUACAACCUGUCUGCUGUGACCAAUGUACUUUUCUCACUUUUGACCCAAAACUACGCUUCAAUUACUGCUGGAUGGACAAGAUGACAAGCAAAUCCACUUAUAUUUUUCCUCAUUUAUAAAUCACAAUAACAAAAAAAAACAAAGCUCAUAUCCUGGACUUUCACCAAAUGAGUGGGGGGACAAAAGGAUAAACAACACGCAAAGUUGAACAAUAGAAGAGUGGUGAUAAUGAUGGCUGCUCUCUCUGUUUUUCUUUUGGUUUCAAGUUCGUUUUCUUCAUGUUUUUCCCUGCCAGCUAGACCACGAAACUGGGAUGGAUGACACCUCCCUCCCUCCCUCCCUCCCUCGCUCUUCCCUCCCUUCUUUUCUUAUGUGCGGAGUAAGAGAAUAAAUGUACAGCAAAAAUCAUAGUUUUCUGUAUGGCUUGUUUUCUGUGUAAAUUUUAAGUUUUCUCUCGACUUGAUAAGAGCAUGACGGUGCCUUCUAUUUAACCUUUUCCAGUCUUACUGAAGUGUAAAGCGGUUCGGGGCUUGUCGCCUCCUCCUUAUGCGGACCUGCUCUUUUUGAACUAUUGUCUUCUGGGAGCAGAUUAAAAAAAAUUGCAGUAUUCACAAAAUUUAAGUUUUUCAGGUGCAUUUCUUUUUUUUUUUCCAUACUGUUCUAUUACCUAAGAUUAUCUGUUGUGUACAUUUGUUUUGUAUUUUGUGUGUGUGUGUGUAUGUGUGUGCGUGUGUGUUCUGGGUUUUGUAGAGACAAUAGGUGCCUCAAGUUUAGUUUGAUGUUAGAUGGUUAAGAUGUGCAUCUGAAGAACUACCCCACCCAACCCAAAAAAGGUACAUUAAAGGUGGUGACAGUGGAAUGCUUGUUUCUUUAACAUGUCAUAACUCUACACAACUGUGAUUUCGGUGUAUUAACGUUUGCGGUUUUGGGAAGAGUCUCGCAAUGUGUUUCAGAUACUGCUGAUUCUUACCUUUCAGUCUGACUGUAGUUUUUUGACUUAUGGCAGCAUUUGGGUUAAUCCCAGGACUCAAAAGUUGUCAGACUGGUGUUUUGUUUUUUUGUUUUGUUCUUUUUCCUCAGCAACAAUUUUGUAAUGAUCUGUGUGGGUGGCCUGGCCAUAGUUCCAGCCUGUAGAAUAGCAAUUGUGCUCACUUUUCUAGCUGUUCAUGCAUUUGUAUUUUCAUACGCAGAUUUUUGAUUGUGCUUGUUUUAUUCAUUUUUCCAAUCUAAUCUGAAUGCCAUACAACUCGUCUCUUAUUGUCCUCUGGUGUAUUUACUUUUUACCACUCAGUUGGGAGGGAAGACCUUAUGGUUUCAGCUGGAAAGGAAAACAUGACAAACAUUAGAUGUUUCUAUUUUAUUUUAUUUUGUUAUCUUGCACUGAAAUGGGAAGUGAAUUGAUGUAGCAUUUUUCUGGACAAAUAUACUAAUGAGGUCUUCCUUGUCUGGUGGUAUUGCACUAUCCUGCAACAUUUCUGGGACAAUCUGUAUUUGAACAUAGCCUCUCUCCAAACUUCUCAUCUGGCAAUUGGAAAAAAAUAUAUAUUAGUGCUUAAAUUGUUAUCAGCAUGAAAUAAUAGUUUCUUCCCUACAAAUAAUCUCGUUUACAGACAUGGCAUAUUUUAUGUAAAUUUUCCACAGUGAUGCUCAGCUGCUCCCCUGUGUAGUUGAGAUGAAAUAUUUUCAGAAUAGUUUUCAACAGAGGGACCCGAUAUUACAGGGGGGAAAAAAAAAAAUAUUGCAGCUCUUUGGUUGUUGAGUUUUGUAACAGACAGCUCUUAUGGGUGCUUCUACCCCGAAUGUUUAUUUGUCAGGUAAUUGCUUAACAUUGGCACUUGACUGCAAUCACACUUUUUUACAGCAAUGGUCAAUGAAGAGAGUGGUGAAGAAGAGCCAUCAUGCUUUCAGACCAGUGUGUGCUUUUACAUUGUAGUGGUGGUUGAAAAUGUUUGAGCCUAUGAAUUUAGGGUUAGAUAGUUAUUCUUUUUCACUGAAGUUUUCGACGACCCACCCUUUUCCAAACAUUAAAGGAUCCUCAUAAGAAAAAAAAAAGAGUAAAUUAAUUUCCCUGUGGUUGAAAAUGCAGUAAAAUGGAUCCUCGUUGUAAAUCAUUCCAGUCCAUUUGAAUGGAAAUAGAAGUAUCUUCAUGGCUUAAGCAGGUGUGGUAAACAGUUGGCUGCCAUCUUAAUUUUACUGUGUUUACCCUUUACUUGUGGCUAGUACAAAAGUGUUACAGGUAGAGAGUUUUUUUUUGUUUUGUUUUUUUAAGUUUGUUUCUUUCUUCCUUUCUAUUUUGAAUGUGUUGGACUUAACAUACAAUAAACUACUGAUAUCAGUACCACUCA